AAAAGUCCGCACCGGUUUGAUAGCAACAGUGUGGAUCUGUCUUUUUCUCCGGAGAGGUAACCUCGUUACCAAACAUCCUCUACAUCCGCAAGAUUAAUUUCUAAAUCUUAGUGCAUUUGAUCUUAAACAUGGCUGCUUACAAGUUAGUGCUUAUUCGCCACGGAGAGAGCAGCUGGAACCAGGAGAAUCGGUUCUGCGGCUGGUUCGAUGCAGAUUUAAGCGAAACCGGCAUAAAAGAGGCGAAGAGAGGUGGACAGGCCCUGAAAGAUGCUGGCUUUGAGUUUGACAUUUGCUACACCUCCGUGCUGAAGCGGGCAACCAGGACACUGUGGCUGGUCCUGGACAGCAUCGACCAGAUGUGGGUGCCAGUUCACCGGACCUGGCGUCUCAAUGAGCGCCACUAUGGAGGCCUGACUGGGUUAAACAAGGCAGAGACCGCAGCAAAACACGGAGAGGCUCAGGUGAAAAUAUGGAGGCGCUCGUUUGACAUCCCUCCUCCCCCCAUGGGCCCUGACCAUGACUACUACACAAUCAUCAGCAAGGAUCGUCGCUACGCUGACCUGACAGAAGACCAGCUUCCUUCUUGUGAGAGCCUGAAGGACACAAUCGCUCGGGCGCUGCCCUUCUGGAAUGAGGAAAUUGCCCCGCAGAUAAAAAAGGGAAAGAGGGUGCUCAUCGCCGCCCACGGAAACAGCCUGAGGGGGAUUGUCAAACAUCUAGAGGGAAUGUCAGAUGAAGCCAUCAUGGAGCUGAACCUGCCGACAGGCAUCCCUAUCCUCUACGAACUGGACAAGAAUUUGAAGCCCAUGAAGCCGAUGCAGUUCCUGGGAGACGAGGAGACUGUACGCAAAGCUAUGGAGGCCGUGGCUGCUCAGGGAAAGGCCAAGAAGUAAAGCUACUGAAAAACAUUUGUCCGUGUACAACAGUCAAGGUUGCUGUACAACUGGUUGCAGAUUAGCAUUAUGCAAGACCUAAUUUAUUUUGGAUUGUUUAACAUGAUGAGAACACUGUAGAUUGUUGUUGAAGGCAACCCUACUCUCCUUGCACUGUAAAGGGGUACUAGAUAGUGAACAGUGGGGUAAAAUCAAGACUGAGAGCUCUCAAGAGAUUGUAAGCAAUGUCUUUUAAAAUGUUCAGAUUAUAUUACAACCUUAAAAAGGCAGAACUUCAAUUCAGAAUAGUUUGUUUUCUUUUCAAAUCAGAAGUCCUUGAACAAGGUGUCCUUUGCUGUAGUGUUGGAUGUUAUGGAAAAAAGGCAAGAAAGCAAAUUACAGACUCAGGAGUGAAAUCUUGGCUGUGGGUCCACUCUGCCAUACAAAGACAAAGAAAGUCUGUUGUAUUCUCAACUGCAUUUUUAAGGUUUUAUAAACCCAUUUUAUUCAGCUGUAAAGGGACCACUAUAAAGGGUGACCAACUUUCUCACUUUCAAAAUGGACUCUUUGAUAGGAUGUGUUUUGCAAUCUCCUGAGAGCAGGACAGGAUGCUUUAAACAGCCUGAUUUAAGUGAUACUUGUGCAAUGUCUUUGGAUGUUCUGUUGGUGUCUGUGUUGUGUCUGAUGGUCUGUAUUUGUGUCAUUGCAUUUAAACUUUCUUCCUGUUUAAACAGUGCCAAACACUGCAUUAUACCAGUAUUGCACUGUUCAAGAGAUAAAUCCAUUUGGAUUUGCCCAACAGUUUCACAAUACCACUGUGACAGAUGAUUAACUGAAGAUUAACUGUCUGUAUUAAACCAUUUUCUUUACUAAAUUUGACCGCCUUUGGUCUGUCUUUGCCUCUAAUAAUAGUGUUCAUGUGCCUCCAGGUGCUAUUCUUAAGCUCCUCACCACCUGCUAGGAUAUGGUUUGAAAUAUUCCCUUAUGUCAGUAUUGUUGUUUUAUCUUCAAAAGCAUUCCUCCGUGCUGAUUGGAUAUACCCUAAAAACCUACAUUGAAUAAAUGUACAAUGUUCA